GUAGCCACUGCAGCACGAACCUUAUUCAUGCGAUCGUAUACACCAGCCAUCAUUUGCGGCACAUCAAAUUCCCACGCAGAUUAAGCAGUCUAAAUAACCAUGCCUACCUACAAGUUACAUUACUUCAACCUCCAAGGCCGCGGGGAGAUCAUUCGCUUGGUGUUCGCUGCAGCGGGCGUUGAAUACGAAGAAAUACAAUACGAGUUUAAAGACUGGCCUACAGUUAAAGGCAAUUUUCCUUUUGGAAAGCUUCCUUGUCUUGAAGUCAAUGGGGAUUAUCUACCGGAAUCCAAUACAAUUGCUCGUUAUCUCAGUAAUGAGUUUGGAUUGGCAGGGAAAACGAAAUGGGACAAGGCCCGUGUUGACAUGAUUACUGACGCCUUAGUUGAUGUAACUGAGGCGAUUUUUAGACGUUUUCAAGAGAAGGAUGAAAAAAGAAAGGCAAUAUUACUUGAGGAGAUAGGAACAAAGCUUGCACCAGAGUGCUUUGCGUCACUGGAGAAAAUACUUGGUGCCAAUAGAAGAGGAAGGGGUUUCUUUGUCGGUGAAGCGUUUACAAGGGCUGAUUUGUAUUUCAUUAACACUGUCGACGCUGUGACACGGCACUACCCGGAUAUACUAAAUUCCACGCCGAUGCUGAAAUCGUUGUACGACCGUGUUCGAGCUGCUCCAAAGAUUGCUGAAUAUAUCGAGAAUAGAGCAAACACUAUUAUAUAA